CUCCCCGCUCUGAGGCCACUGCAUUCAUUUAUGGCUCCGGCUGCCAUCCCAUCCCCUCGUCCGAAACCCACCCUGGCCGUCACUUGUCCGCCCCCCUCGGGUGAGUAUAUUUAAUGCCUCCGAGGCCGCCUCCAUCAAUAAAUGGGAGACAACAACGCUUGCCUCGGUGUCCCGAACCAGGUGGAAUUAUGGCGAAAGGCUAGCAGAAGAGAGGAGAGAGACAGAGAGAGAAAGGGAGAGAUGCCACGGAGGAAGGUCGUGUUAGAGCCCCACCCCACCGAGCAAGCUCGGAUGCAGUGCUACUUGACUCGAAGGAAUGGUAUUAAGAAGAAGGUGAGGGAGCUCUCCAUCCUCUGCGAUGCCGAUAUUGCCCACCUCUCCAUCCCUCCUGCAGGAGAGCCUUCGCUGUUCCUCGGCGCCCACACUGACCUGCUGUCAAUUCUAGAUAGAUUUGCAAGUAUUGAUCCUGUUAUGCGAGAGAGGAGGAGGCAGCAGGUUAUUGAUUCACUGAAAAAUGCCUAUAGAAAGAGAGGUCAUGAAAUCAAUACUGACAGUCUGCUUCAGCAUAACAUGUCUGGAUCUGAUGAGGCUGAUGAAUGUCGCAAUCGGAUAAGACAAGUGCAAGAGAAAAUUGAUGCAGUAAACAGGAACUUGAGCCAUUGGAGAAACCCAGGUGCCAUCGAUGACAUACUUGAGGUUGUUGUGAAGGAGGAAAUAUUGCGUAAUUCUCUGAAACUUGUACGCGAACAGAAGGCACGCUUGGAGCAAAGAAAUGGAGCUCCAGAUUCCACCACCUUGGAGGUUUUACAGUUACCAUAUUUUGCCUUCACACAACAUUCCAAUCCUCAACCUGUGCAAGGAGCUUUGUGGCAAGAAUUACCUCAGCGAGAUCCUGCACAUCAAAAUGCAUGUGAAGGACCAGUGGGCAUUGGAGCUGGAUUUAAUCUUCCUCUAUCUAGACAAAUUAUCCAAAACUCACUUGGCCAAGAAAACCCAACCAAUUUGGAAGCCCUGGUGUCUGAAUAUCGAGCGAACCCCAACCAGCCAACCUCAAAUGAAGUUUCUAACAAUCUGCUGCCACAGUGGGUGUCCAGUUUUCCAGGAAUGUCAAAUGUGCCUAUUCUGGACAUCAUUUCAGAUUCAAGCUUUCAUUCUCAAAGGCAGAUUACUCAAAGUGCUAUGAAUCAUGAAUUUCUUGCUUCUACUGAGGCUUGCUUGGAAGAAAGAUUUGGAGUUUCAAAUUCCAACACUUCUGAGGUGCCAUGUUUUGGUUUUGCACCCAUUUCCAGUCUACCUGUGGAAGGAACUUUGAACCAAGUGCCACCUGAUCGAGAUCUUGCCCUUCCUCCCCUUCCGGAAGUAUUUGUAGAAACAGCGGAUAAUGGAGCUGGAUUUAACAUACAGCAGUAUGACCAAACUGCCCAAAAUUUGCUUAGCCAUGUAUAUCCAACCAAUUUGGAAACCUGGAGACCUAUCGAUGUGGAUAGACCAUGGGAAGGUGUUUUGAACUACGUGCCAUCCCAGCAGGACUCCCAUCUUCUUGUCCCUUCUCAGUGGGAAAAUACAAACAUGCAAGGACUGGGACACAUACAAACAUGCAACAGGGACUUCAAUUUUGGCUGUUCUCAUAACCAGGCUGCUCUUGAUUCCUUUGGCCCUGAAAACCUUAGGGGAGCUGGGUCUUUUGCUGAUGAUCCCUACAUCAACUGCAACAGUGGUGGUCACUUUCAGAGUGGAAACCUUUUGUUCCAGCACAAUGAUCUGUUACAUUUUUGAACGACUCAGUAAGUCAAAGACAGCUUAUUGACUGACUCUCUUUGCAUGGGAACCAUAGGAUUUUGAACACCCCCUGUUUCAUUGGAUUUACUUGCCCAAGGAGCGUGGUUGAUAUGUCAGUCUUUUCUAAUUGUUAUCGUGAGUCAAGUACAAUCGCGUGUGUGCGCAUCAUUAAAUAAUGAUUUGCACUG